AUGGUGACCACCAAAGUUGCUCUCUGUGACUGGUUUUUAUUCAUGGUGUCCUACCCGAGAACACAACCGCUGACCAACACACAAAAAUUCACCCAGUGGUCGGCCCUGAUCGCCUAUUGCCUGGGAGGAGCCAGUUUGCUUCUUUGCCCUCAGCUGUGGAAGUUUUUGUUACGGUUAAGCUUCGAGGGUCGUACUGAGGGGUACCUUCGUCUUGUUGGAUUGGGUGUAUUUAUAAUUGGAUUUAUACUCGUCAUCUCCGCGCGCUCCAAUAACCAAGUACCCAGGCACGGGGUCAUUUUAGGGUCCAUUCCAUCGCGUCUCAUCGGCGUAAAUGGGAUCAUACUCAUGAUGGUCCUCAGAGGCUAUAUCCCGUUAUCUUUUGCGCUGGUGUUCAUGGUGAUCGAUACAUCACUUCCCCUGAUCACCCUGGUGUUAUUGCGCCGUGAAACAGAAGAAUCCUCUUCGGGAAUUUCUUGCCGAAACAUCUGCGCAGAAAUGGUAGUCAUCUUUUUCGUUGGCGUGUUCCAGUUGUUCUUCUGGCUCGUGUUUCUUAUAAGGCCUGACAUCGCUUAUGACAUCCUACAGCUUGAUGAGUUCAAUGGUCACUCCGCUGGCUUCUUGGCAAGUGCGUUUUUCACCCUAUCCAUUCAUGGUUGGUAUCACAUGGCGAACGCAUGCUCUGUUAAUCGACCGGCUGUCCCAGCGGCCCUUUUUUACCGAGUAUUCAUCAGUGUACCGGUGCUAGUCAUUUUGGUUUUGGUGGAUCAGAUUGAGCGCAAUGUUUUCCUUGCUUUGAUGAGUCUCGACAUAUGUUUUUCGAUUAUGAUUUUACUAUUUCUGGCUUUUGGCCAAAAUCCUACCACAUCGUCAACUGAGAUUUCUGAAGAAACACUGCUAAAACAUGAAGAUAGAGACUAAACUGUAUUGUUAGGAGUAAGAUUAAGAACUACGAAAGAGCCUAAAAUUGUUGAUAAAAGCCUGCUGAACGGGCGUAAUUUAUUUUGCGUUUUUCAGUGGCGCGGAAACACGGACGAGCGUGAGGCAGGCGCGAGGUAGGCGCGAGGUGAGAGCGAAGUACGAAUCACGCGCGAGGGAAAUAGCGCGUUUGCCUCUGUUGGCCCGGAAAACGCAAAAAAGCACACUUGUUAAGCCAGCUAGAACUGGUAUUUUAUUUGUUAUGUUGGGGAGAGUUUCGAAGAUAAUUAAAAUUAAUCGUAGCCUUGGUUGCAGGCGAUGAAAAUGAAAGGGAAGGAAAAUGUGAGGUUCAUUAUUUCGCCACCUCGCCUCGAUUCUAGGGUAGAACUACAUGUAAGACUUAAUAUAGUGUCAAGAGAAGUAACCACAACAGUGAUCAAAUGCACAGUCGCAAACAUCGAAACUAGAUUCGUUUCAGGUUUUUAACAUUGAUUGACAACGAAAAGUAAUGGAAGUAAACUACAUAUACAAAUUUAUCUCUGGCAUACACAAGAAACACAAUUCAAUCGGCGUUAUGGAAGGCAGAUUCUUAGGAGCCCCUUGGGGGGGGUAGGGGAUAUGUGAAUCCCCCCCCCCCCCAUCAGUCUAAGAAAGAGUUUUUUGUAGUGUCCUCUCGGCAUGGUGAAGACAGGAAUCGUCAUCUCGCAACAAUAAAAAAUAUCAAUAAAAAUAAAGUCUAAAGGAAACUAGCGACACAGAUACGGUAAAAUACAUGAAUAUCUGUAAUACUGUACUCAAUCCCUCCUAUACUUUUGCAAACACUCAGAGCCUCAAGUACUAUUAUACAAAUACCAGCAAAGCUUUUAGCACAACCUAGGCCUCUCGAUUGUGCUCGGCAAUUUUAGAGCAAAUCUUGGCCUUCGCAGCAACGUUUUGUGGUUCUAAUAACCUCGAUUGAUUUGAGCGAAAUAUGGGUUUAAAGGAAAUAUCAAGCACGAAAAAGUCAACGGUUUCAUAGAAAAACUUCAAUUUGUGCGAAUUUCUUGAAUUUUUAUAAGCUUUUUGAACACAUAACCUGUCACUAGAAAACGUUUCGCAGACCUUUUGCGAUCCUUUUCUAAUCUUACUUGGGAAAAUCCGUUCGAACGACGAUCGGCAAGACGUCCAAUGAACCAUGUGUUUUGUUCCUUUAGACUUACAGAGUUCCUUAAAUUUCGUCUACAGCUAUUUCAAUUUACGUUGUCGGAUCAAAGCCUUAAGCCUACAAGACAAGACCGAAGGGGAAUAUGGGAUCUUAAUGAAUAAUUAUCAGCAAAAUUAACAAUGCCUCGUCCAUACAGCGAAGAUCUCCGAUGGCGAGCCAUUUGGAUGAAAGAAAUGUUGGGGUUUUAAGUGGAUGAGGUUGCAGCUGCUUUAUGGAUGCCUUGAAGCUUUGAUCCGACAACGUAAAUUGAAAUAGCUGUAUACUCGCGAGCAACUCUUUCAAGAUAACUUUCAAGCUAUUUUCCUGGACUGAUGCUAGCAAUAAGUGCGAAGAACAAAAACUAAUUAAAAGCUUUUAAUUAACGUGUAUAUGAAAAUAUCAAGACACUAAGCUGGCAACUUUUUGGAUUUUUUGCAAUCUUUUAGCAACUUUUUGGCAUUCUAGCGAGCAAUUUUCCGGCGUUCUACGAGCACAGUCUGAACAGGUCAAGCAGGGCUUGAUCAGCUGGGGUACUUUUCUACCUGUCUGUUACUGACAGGGUAUUAUCUUAAAUAUGGCCAACUUCAAGUGCUCCACCCUUUCCCCACUCUCUCACGGCGCGCGAUUGUCUAAGGGACCAAACCUUAUUUACCGCCGGGGUGGGUGCGGGAAAUUUUGGUUCUGCCACAAUAAAAUUUACCUGGUCCUCCCUUAAGGCUCAUUAACUCAUAAAUGACCCCCUUUUAAGUUGGAACUCCAUCUCCACUCCGUUCCCCGUGAAAAAAGUCAACGGUUAGUCCCAGUUGGAUACUGGCUUAUUCCUCGUUCCACUUCUUGACAGAAGUAGGCAUUGCUCCAAUGUAAAUAAUAGUCAACCUUUGUACAUCCUGCGUAAGAUAGAGUUUAUCGCUGGUGAUAUCACCAUUACGAUAGUCAUUUCCAUUAUUGUUAUCUUAUCUAUUUUUUAAGUGACCUUAAAGUAGUUUAUCUCCCAUUCCCUGCUGAGGAAAAUGAAUUCCAUGUUUCGUGCACGACAAUUAAUACCAUGUUAAAUGCUACUCGAUUUAUAAAAGCUUAGCGUUGUCAAUAUCACUAAGCUUAAACGCGAAUCUUUUUUGCUUGUUUACAUCUUGUUUGCUCGGUCUCGCCUUAAUCUUUACCGACAAAUAAGGCGAAUUAAGGCGAAUUAAAAAAAUCAGCAAGGGUUUUGCAAACAUAAGAUUUGACAUGAGCUGACAGAUCUGAGACGGAUGCCCGUGGACUGAAACUUGGUCACAAUUAAUCUUGAGUAUCGAUAUCCUUCCAUCUCAGCAAACAAAGAGGAUUUCUGCACGCACACCCCAAGCUGUAGGUGUCUAUUUCUUCGCUUGUCACAAGCCGAAAGAACUGGUACUUCACUGUUCAUCGUUUCAAGUCUUAGUCACUUGAUCUGACUAUUUUGGUAAGCAAACUUUUCUUUUGGCGGACCCUAUGUGCUCGACUCGAUUCACAUAAAUCCUCUUUGCGGCCAAACACCCGAAUACAGAUUCUUUAUCUACACGUUGUUCUGAAACGCCAGUUCCAAUUGCAGAGCUUGUCUGCUUUUUUUAAGUUUCCGCUAAUAAGAGCGUCGACUGUGUCUAAGAAAUCUGAAGCUACCUGUAGUUUCCUCUAUUUAACAAACAUAGCAUUAAACCCUGAAACCUUAACAGUUAUCACAGAGCUCUUUGUUCGCUAAUAGAAUCAUACGAAGCGACCUUUGUUAUCUCUGUUUUCUUAACGAAUUAAGUGGUAACUUAAAUUAAAAACAUCGUUAUUAACCGUGGAUGAUAACUUCGAAAGAUUUUGGUAGGCUUGUUGCAGUUAGGAGAAAUAAGAUAUUCUUAAUCUUACCGGAAAAAUAAAAUUAACGAAGUACAACCAAACGUCACCACAUUUUCACCUCACAAGGCUAAUCAAGGCACCCCACGCUUCUUGACAUUAGAAAAGAUAAUUUACAUUUUUUUCUCUUUGAUCUGAAUGUGAUGUUCAGUUAUUAUUGCAUUAACAAAUCAGAGAAGUGGUUAAGGGAGGGGAGGGGAAGGGGGAGCUUAUGAAACGGGAUUUCCUGUUAAUACACACACAAAUGAUUAAAAAAGUUUUGUGUUUGUAUUCGGUUUGAGCUAACCUAUUUUUUAAACAAGUUCAUGACGCGUCGUAACGAUUGUUGAAGGCACAAGGAAGAUAUACGACGGUUCAAAUGAAACACUGUUGCGAAGGAAGUUCCGUGGCAGCCCUAAAGCUAUUGACUUCCGGUUUCAGCAAAUUUAACAGGAUCUCCAUCGGAGUCCUUUUUUAUCCUAAUUAUCUUCAUAUGUCAGCUGAAAAUAAAUAAAUCCAUUUCCGUUGGCAGUUUUGUGGCAAAGAUAUCUUGACUUCAUCUCAGCUUGAGUUAAAAAAAAAGGUUAGUUUUAAUUAAUGGCUGCAUGUCUCUCGUAUUUCGUUUUACGUCGUUGCCAAUGGGGUCCACUGUCAGAAAGGAUAACUAUUUACCUUGAACCGUCAAAAACCUAGCUGAAUAUUAACCGUCAAGAGCCUCUUGCCACGAGCAGUUCUAGAUCUCGACGAAUCUUUAGACUGGUAUACCAGUAUCCUGGUUAUAUCAUAGGCGGCCCAAGCGUGUCAUGUGUGAUUUCGGGGUUUAAAGGUCGUCAGCAGGAACAUCUAAUAUGCUGAAUAAGUAUAUUUAAUUCGAGUAGUACAGGCCAAAAUUUCCUCAGUAUGAAAUCCAUCAUUCUGUCUAUUUGUGUUCAAUCACUCUUCAGUUCACUGAAAUCGAUAUUUUCUGAAUAUUUCUCGGUUGUGGGAUAAAAUUUAAAUUGAAUUUUAAGUGUUUACUCUUGCCGUGAAAAAACAAAGCAAACAUUCAUGUCUCCUUUCCUCAGAAAUGCAUAGAGGUGUGAAAUUAUACCAGUGUCGAUAUGUUGGUCCAUUUCUAGGUAACCAGUCAAGUUUUGUUUAAAAGAGAGCUUUAAUAAAUGGAAACCAGACAAGGUCGUUGUCGGAAUAAAUUUCGGCCAUGAAAAGAUGGCCUAUUUAUGGCUAAAAAUUAAAUCUUAAAUAAUUGAUCAUGAACGAUCUUAAAUUUUGUAAGCUCCAACAAAAUUUAGGGCACAACAAAAAAGGAAGUGCCCGGAAGACAUAAAAACAUAAAUUAAAGCAAAAGAGAUCGUGACUCUUGCGCAAAGAACAGUAUUGAUUUCAAAGUCAUCAGAUAGUCUUGUUACGGUUGCUCAAUCGAUUUCAGAUGUUACGACCCAGUCCCCCUCGAGUUUUGACUUAGUAUCUUAGUUAAAUAUUAACAAUAUAGCAGAGGCAGAAGAUAUAAAUUUUUUUAUUAGGGGGCAAAUAAAUUUAUUCAACGCACGAAAUAUUACGUGUAUAACUUCCUUACCAUUAUUCCGCUAUUUUGAAAAGAGACAACACCAGGUACAAAAGGAAGUCGACAAAAUGACGUUGAAAACGGCCUGAAGAGACCAGACGGUCAUGAAAUAAAUGUAAAGUGGACUUAGCACGUUAUAUUACGUGCGUUUAAAUUUUUUUUAUCAUUUAUCUUCCUGGCUUGUUUUUUUCCCAUUUGCCUGGAAAGCUUAAAAUGUAGGACUAAAACGUCGGUCCUGCUGACCGCUCACUUUUACAAAAUUUUCAUUCUUCGUGAACGAAAGUCUAAAUUUUCAAACAUAUCUAUUUUCUUUCCUUUUUCCUCUUUGUUCCUAUGCUAAUUAACGCUAACUUAAGGUUAAAUCUUAAUUCGGGUUUCUUUAUCUCUCAGUUCCAAAGCCUUUAUCGAAUAACUUUCUCUUUUCUUCGAAGGGCAUCCAAUCAUCAAAUUGUAAACAAAAAGAAUUAUAUGAAAUUUUCCUUUUAAAUCUUUCAGAUCUGAAAUGAGAUUUUAAUAAAAUGGCCCAAAGAUCAGAGUUCGCCUGACCGCGAAUCAAACUUUACUCCAAAAAUUUGCCGUCAUUUCAUUUACCGCGGACAUCUCGAACUCCAAGUAUUGCGUAGCAUUUUCUUUCCGUCAGAACUGGACUCCAUUACAAAUCUUUUUUUCUCUUUCAGAGGUAUUUUAACUAUAAUUAUCAUCAUCAUGUUCGGCUUGUUAAAAUUCAUGCUGUCCAUUCCUCGCGAGAAGCCGAUGACCAAAACAGAAAGAUUCACUCAGUGGUCCUGCCUACUCGCCUAUGUCAUCGGGGGCGCCAGCUUUCUCUUCGCCCCUCAGCUUUGGGCCUUCAUAUUGCAGCUGGACCUUCAGGACCGUUCUGAGGGGUACCUUCGUUUGGCGGGGCUCGGAGUGAUCGAAAUUGGUCUCAUUCUAAUGAUUGCAGCUCGCUCCAAUCGUAAGAUGUCCCCGCAUCAGGAAUGUCUGACUUCAGUUGUUGGUCGCUUGCUUUUUGUUGAUUCAAUACUUGUGAUGAUGAUCCUCAGAAACAUGCUGCCCCUCUCUUUCGCUCUGUUUUUCAUGGUCCUUGACUCGUCUCUCGCUCUCAUCACCCUAGUUAUUUGGUGCCGUGAAUCAAACAGAGCCUCGAUUGGUUCUUUUUUCAGAGAGAUCUCCACACCAGUUCUACAGCCACGUAGGCCUCUAACAGCCACCUCUACGUCGGUCAUUUUCCUUCUCGGGGUCAUCCAGCUGUUUUUCUGGCUCGUGUUAGUUGUCAGGCCUGAUUUUGCACAACGGAUGUUUCAUUUGGAGCCAUUUCAGGGAUAUUCGAGAGGUUAUCUAGCCUCUUAUUUGUUCCUUAUAUCCGUGCACGGCUUAUACCACGUAGUGGGAGCCAGCAAUGUCAAUCAUUGCUUAAGCCCCACCUUCACUAGUUACCGCGUCUUGAUCAACAUGCCGGUGUUGGUGAUUUUGUUUUUUGUUGACCAGAUCGAGCAAAACAUCUUUGUUGUGUUGACUAGUUUCGAUGUGUUUUAUUCUGUUGUGAUAACUAUCCCCGUGUGGCAAGAAAAGCGAUUCCAGAACAACGAAACUGAGGUGAUAGAAAUUUGAUUUGUUGGAAAAUUCCAACAAACACAAAACUGUACUCACUCGUGAGACAUCGAUUUGACAUACUGAGUUGAUCACGGAGAGAGAAAUUCGACAUCUACAAGCAAAAAUAUAUUAUUUUGUUCAUCAUAUAAACACCAUAGACGAGACAAUUCGACAAAUGACCUUGGAUUGAGCGUGGUGAACGCUUUGCCAUUCAUUCAUCAACCUGACAGAGUGGCGCGAAAGGCGAGUGACGUGUCAGCAGCUGAUUGGCGAUAUCAAACACCCGACAAAAUGACGUUAUUUUAAGUGUGCAGUCAUGGCUUUUCUCGGGGCUGGAAAUCCUUGUAAAACCGCAGUUCAAAUAAAAAAUUAAUCAAAUUAAACCAUAACAAGAUCUUAGUGAACAAUUUUUUAAAUGUUUUUUCUUUAUACCCUCUAUUACUUAAGAUAACAAGGAAUAAAUCCAUUUGCUAAAACGUUGUGUUGAAGGUAAAGAAAUGCAGCCUGGUUCCCAGGGUCCUCUCUUUUCCUCCCUCGAAAAACUUUCUCAAAUGAGGAAUAGAGAGGACCCUGGGAACGAGGUUGAGAGAAAUUGUGUUUCGCUUUUUCUACUUUGGGUCUCAAUAUGCCAUACGUGUUUAACAUCAUUAAAAGUUGUAUAACAUUCUGUAACGUGACCUGAACGCCAGUUAAAAGUGCACAGGUUUCCUGAAAUAUUUGAAAUUUGAGAAUAACCUCUUUAAGUGCCUCCUUACCUGGUUAGGGUGCCUAAAUUCAUUUUUUUUUUUGCGUCCGUGGAACAGACUUGUGCGCUGAACACAAUAAAUGAGAAGAAAAAUGGAAGAGCUGGUGUUCGCUUAAUAUAGAUCCCGAUACAUACGGUCUCACAGCUAAAACUGUGGAUAAGGUCUGUAAUGGGUUGAUUUUUGCAGAAUGGAAGCUAUCUACUUCUGAAUCACACAAAUAGUGAAUGAUUAAAUUAUGUCAUGAAAACAAAAGGAUUGUUUUCAUUUUCUUUAGAUUUUGACUCCACAAACAAACUUUUGUUACCUCGUUCACAAUCUCAACUCUCAAUUGGUUUAGGUAAUCCCAGCGCGCUCGGCAGCAUUUUGUUUUGCUUUCCUAUCAAAAUUUCGGUAAUUUGUCAGGGAGCAGAAGAUGUUGACAUUCUGUCCUGAAUCUGUUCUAAAUUGAUUCUACAAACUUAACGACGGGAACAACUUCCACGGGAUAGAAGCUGGUAAUGAUAAGCAAAAACAAUCAGUUAUUAUAAACUGCCAGCAAAAUGCAGCUAACAAACUGUGAAAGCCCAGUUUAUCUAACAAGUCGCGAAUCCUUUGAAUUCUACAGGGACCUCGCGCUCUUUCUUCGCGAAUUCCAUGAACUUAACACAAACUUUGUUUUUAUCACUGCUUUGUGAGGGGUUUAAAGCUGUGUCUCUGAUGUUUGGUAUUAAUGCCAUAAAAUUUCGGUUAUUUGUCAAGGGAGGGGAAGAUGUUGACGUUCUGUCCUGAAUCUGUCCUAAAUUGAUUCUGCAAACUUAACUACGGGAGCUACUUCCACGGAAUAGAAGCUGGUAAUGAUAAGCAAAAAAAAUCAGUAAUUAUAACCUGCUAACAAAAUGCAAUUAACAAACUGUGAAAGCUUAAUUUACAUAACCUGUCGCGAAUCCUUCGAAUUCUACAAAGGCUUUGUGCUCUUUUUUCGCGAAUUCCGCUAACUUAACGCAAACUUUGUUUAAUCAUAGCUUUUUAACGGGUUUAAAGCUGUGUCUAAUACCUACUAUGUUAAAUAUUAUGCCGAGACAAAAGAAAGUUCUUACUUCCAAUAGCUAUUAAACAAGGUAGUCUUUGGCAGCAGGCCCUCAAACGUAGGAGACUUCGACUGCCACGCGCGGGCGAGAAGUCUCGCACGAAACAGAACACGAAGUUUACACCACCCGCGUGUCUACUCUCCAGAGUGGAAUUUCUUUCUCGCUAGGAGGCCAAUUUAAAGGAGAAAGAAAAGAUUGGGGUGGGGGGGGGGAAAGAUGGAAUGAAUAGGACAAUCUCCAUCAGGAAAGACUUCGUGCCGGUAAAAAAAGAAAGACUUAUUUUAUGCAGAACUGGAUAGCUAGUGACAUAAACUCCAACUGAUUAAAUAGAGGGAAAGAUGUUUUUCGUCUCGUCACGAGCUUGGGAUAAAGAAAACGUUCUGAGUUCCCAUGAGGAAUCGAACCUCAGACCUUCGGAUUCCGCGCUCCGAUGCUCUACCACUGAGCCACAGAGACUCUAUGGGGAGCUGUUGGGUCUAUACGGUCAUGCUAAGUCGUUGCCUUCAAAAUGGCCAACGCACUAGUUAACUCAAAGGAGUCUUAGAUUUUGUGGCAAAUAGCAAGUAGGAAAAUAUAAAAUAUUCCGGUUAUAACAUCUUCAGCUAGUGUGUAAUUUUACUAUGACAAUUUUUAAGCAAGCGUAUCUAACGCAAAUGUUGUUGGUACUCAGAACGUUCCUCAAUUUUUAUUUUUUCUGCUUGUAGAGCCAUGUUCAUGAGAGUGCCCAUCAUAAUCUCCAACUGGUUCAAAUUCAUGCUGUCCAUUCCUCGCACGGAACCAAUGACCAAAACAGAAAGAUUCACUCAGUGGUCCUGCCUACUCGCCUAUGUCAUCGGGGGCGCCAGCUUCCUCUUCGCCCCUCAGCUUUGGGCCUUCAUAUUGCAGCUGGACCUUCAGGACCGUUCUGAGGGGUACCUUCGUUUGGCGGGGCUCGGAGUGAUCGAAAUUGGCCUCAUUCUGAUGAUUGCAGCUCGCUCCAAUCGUAAGAUGUCCCCGCAUCAGGAAUGUCUGACCUCAGUUGUUGGUCGCUUGCUUUUUGUUGAUUCAAUACUUGUGAUGAUGAUCCUCAGAAACAUGCUGCCCCUCUCUUUCGCUCUGUUUUUCAUGGUUCUUGACUCGUCUCUCGCUCUCAUCACCCUAGUUAUUUGGUGCCGUGAAUCAAACAGAGCCUCGAUUGGUUCCUUUUUUGUCGAGAUCUCCACACCAGUUCUACAGCCACGUAGGCCUCUAACAGCCACCUCUACGUUGGUCAUUUUCCUUCUCGGAAUCGUCCAGUUAUUAUUCUGGCUCAUUUUAGUUGUCAGGCCUGAUCUUGCACAGCGGAUGUUCCAUUUGGAGCCAUUUCAAGGGUAUUCGGGAGGUUAUUUGGCCUCUUACUUGUUCCUUAUAUCCGUGCACGGCUUGUACCACGUAGUGGGAGCCAGCAAUGUCAAUCAUAGCUUAAGCCCCGCCUUCAUUAGUUACCGAAUCUUGAUCAACCUGCCAGCAUUUGUUCUUUUGUUUGCUUCUGACCAGAUCGAGAAAAACGUCUUUGUAGUUUUGAUAAGUCUCGAUGUGUUUUAUUCGGUUGUAAUUGCAAUUCCUGUGUUGCAAGAAAGGCGAUUCCAAGGCAAAGUUAUUGAAAUGAAACUUGAUUAG